CAGCCGCCAUCUUUGUUAGGGGCGGCCGGGCCUGGCGUGUGGAGAUGCCGAAGUCGUGCGCGGCCCGGCAGUGCUGCAACCGCUACAGCAACCGCAGGAAGCAGCUCACCUUCCAUCGGUUCCCGUUCAGCCGCCCGGAGCUGCUGAAGGAAUGGGUGCUGAACAUCGGCCGCGGCAACUUCAAGCCCAAGCAGCACACGGUCAUCUGCUCCGAGCACUUCCGACCCGAGUGCUUCAGCGCCUUCGGGAACCGCAAGAACCUGAAGCACAACGCCGUGCCCACGGAGUUCGCCUUCCAGGAGCCGGCGCAGCUGGUGAAGGAGAGCACAGCCCCUGACAGCCAGUGCGGAAAUGCUGACUCUGAGGAGGUCGUGUCCAGGGUGGGGGCCGGGGAGCGUGGCCCGGGCAGGAAGGCGGACACUGCCCUGGAAGCGCUGCAGCUGCCCCCAAGUGCCCGACGCCCUGGAGAGCAGGUCCUGCCACACAGACCAGAAGCAACCAAGGCCCCCAGUCAGCCGGCCAGCCCUACAGGUCUGAGAAGGGCCCUCCCCGCACAGCCAUCGGAUCACAGCUACGCCCUUUUGGACUUAAAUGCUCUAAAAAAGAAACUCUUCCUCACUCUGAAGGAAAACGAAAAGCUCCGAAAGCGCUUGAAGGCCCAGAGGCUGGUGAUGCGGAGGAUGUCCAGCCGCCUCCGCGCCCACAGAGCCGGACAGGCAGGUCUCCAGGGGACUCCAGAGCAGCAGAGCUGAGCCAGACAGCCGGGCUUUCUGCGCGGAGCAUCUGGGAGGUGGGGCACUGGUUUCAGGACUCUGGCCGUGGACCUUUCAAUCCUGCUCCUGCCACUCAAAAUGGCAGUGAGGCAUGCCAGCCCCCGGUGAGGAUUCCAACGCCAUCUUGCGUGGUUUAGUGGCAUCAGGCCGGGAGUGGGUGGGGCUGUGAGCAUGACAGCUUAGGCCGCCCCGAGGUGGCAGCCUCAGCUGUCCUUUCAGCACAAGCUGGGCGAGCAUCUUUGGAGCCAUGGUGUGGCAGACACCCCCCCCCCCCCCCCCAACAGGGAGGAAGCACAUUUCCUCAAGGGGCAGCUUGGUCCAGGGACAGACUCAGUGCAUGGGGUCACCCCCACCCCCCUCACGAGAGCCAGUGAUGGCAGCGAGUGGUCCCCCCCAUCGCCUGGAUGGCUGGCUCGCUCAGGGGCUCAGACUGGCCUCUGUUCUAAGGAGUGCCUCCUUUCCAGCCUGGUUUGAGUGAACGAUGCAAUAAAGUGUCUUCCCACA